CCCACCCUGAUAUACGCACAAAGCAGGCAUCGGCUAGUAAUGUCUAGAGGGAGGAUGCCGAACUGUCCUGCCUCUGCAUCCAAGGGCUUCAGCUCGACCCCGGUCAAGACCAGCGGCGGGAAAGACCUCCACACAUCCAGGGGCUCGGACGACGGCGUCCUAUCCGGCGACGAAGACACAUUUUCUCUGCUCUCUCCCAUCUAUCAUGACAGUUUUGACAGCGAUGAAGAAGACCUGGAGCCCAGCCCAGCUGAGCAGACAUCACCCAGGCUGAGAGACAGCUCAGGACGUGGUAUCUCACCAGUCAGAAGUGAGCUACCAAAAACACCUUUAGAGCAGAUGUUCAGUGCAGCCGUGCACCCUGCAGCCUCACCUACUCUGAGUGCAUGGGAAAUGUGGCUGGUGAACAAAGCCAAAGAGGACCGUCUCAAACUGGAAAAGAAAGCAGAAGAGGAACGCUUACUCAAAGAAAAAAAAAAACGAGAAGAAAGGGAGCGGGAACAGAAAAAGAUUGUCAUGGAAGAGAAGAUCCAAGAAUGGCUAAAGAUAAAAAGAGAACAGGAGAAGCAUGAGCAGCUUGUAAAACAGAGCAAAGAGGAGGAGGAGAUACAGAGGCAGUUGGAAAAACAGAGGGAGAUUGAACAGAAAGCUCAGCAAAAGUACAAAGACUGGCUGCAGAGGAAGAACCAAGAAAAAAUAGAAAAAGAAAAGAAAGAGAAAGAGGAAGCCACCGUGAAGGAGGAGCAGGAGAAAGAGCGCCGCAGGAAGGCAGAGGAGAAGUUUAAGGAUUGGUUGGCAAAAGCCAAUGAAAGAAGUAGAGCAAGUCCCAAAUCACCUUGCUACCCAACAAGUCCCUACGACAAAUCCUACCCAUCACCCAGCUUCUACAAUCCGAUCCCGUGGAAGCCGAUUCACGUCCCUCCUCCAGAAACACCACUGAAUAAGACACCUUGCAAGAAACCUCAGAAGCAGAGAAAAAGCCAGCAAAGCCCCGUCGCUGCUUUUAGACUCAGAAACACUGUGAGUGCAGCACAUUUGCUACAGAGAAGAUGACACAGCAGACCCAACAUCUGUGACUGUGAUACUACAGCUUAGUUACGGCUCAAAUAUGAUUUCAUCACGACUCAUUCACACCACCACAGCUCCUGAACAGACACACUGCUGAGUCACGGAAGUACUUCUGUUCUCCAGUAUGGCCGUGGUACUUGAGACGCACUCCUAGAUGUACAGUAUGCCUACAUUUUUGUUAUUGUAUUUGAUUUAUAUACUGGAGCAAUUUGUAAUAAUGUACUAGUUCCAAUUUAAUGUCUAAAUUUUCAGGUUUUCGUAUAUUUACAAGAUUUUUAGAAAAGAGCUUUAGCAUUUGUUCUAAUACUUUAAUUAGCUUCCAUAUUAUAAGAUUGUCUAGCAUAGUUUUUUACAUUGCUACAUGGCUAAGAGCCCGGAUUGUCCAUUUUUUUUUUUUUAUGUAAAUUGAAUUUGUUUGUUGUUACGAUAAAUACAGUGUAAACAUUU